AUGAAUACACCAUAUUUCAGAGGUUAUGUUCAUCCCAAAUCACAUACCCGCCAUCCACACACAUCGAGUGCCCACAGACGAUCCAUCCGAGCUGACAUCCGAACAAACCUAAGCCAUGACGAUGUCGAAUAUUCCGAUGUAUAUUCCAAACAAGGCGACCAGCUCGUUCUGGAAUGUGCAGUAAACAUCAAUUUUAGUACCAGCAUUUGGUUAAAAGACGGACAAAUAGUGCAAACUAUUCUCAAAGACAAUACAAAUAACAAAAGAGUGAUCGGACAUAGAUUUUUAGUGGAUGUUAGUGGAAAUUUGUUAAUAGACAAUGUGAGGUUAGAGGACGAUGGAAAGUGGCAAUGUGAGGCGGAGGAUGCAUUUGGCUUUGUUGUUCAGGGAAAGCCAAUACAGUUAACGAUUCUAGCUCAACCGUGUAAAUCAGUAAAUUUUUUUAGUGGUACAAUCAUCAUGCAAAAAAUUGAAUGUGCUGGCAUAGAUUAUAAACGUUCUUCACCAGAACCUUCAAGCUUCUGCCACACAAAAUGUCUCUUCAGUUCCCUGUAA